ACUUCCAGGUGACGUUUUCACGCUUUACUGAUAGCUGUCAGCGACACGGUCUGUUGGGCGUCGCGUCGCGGAGGAACCAUUCUGUCGAGAUACUCUUUGGAAACGCGAGAAUUUUGGCCAUGAUAUCAGGGUUUUCCGGCCACGUGGAUCGGCUGGAAGGGUCGGAAGGCGGUCGUAAUGGCUCUGCCGGCACCGGUGAAGGGGAUAAGUCCGCCUGGACGCGCUCGCCCGAGCCAAGCGCGCAGCUGCGGGAAUCCCUGAAAAGCCACGUCAGCCGGUUACUGACUCACCUUGUGACCGAGACCCACGAGGAGGCACAGCCGUUGGAGCAAUCAAGCAGGGAGAUGAGGCAAGCCGCGUCGCUAAGAGAACCCGAGUGGAUUCUGCAGAUGUGGCAAACGGUGCUGCUGACAGGGCAGGUUCUGCCAGUUUGAUUACCAGCGGAGAAGGGAGAGGGGGAGAGAGAGGGAUGAGGAGAGAAGGGGCAGGGAUCGCGAUUCCGAUGGACGCAGGGACAGAGGCAGGGACUACGACAGGAGAUCGCCUAGACAUGGCUCCAGGUCUCGCUGGGACGAAGACGCCACCCCUCGCAGGGACAGGGACACAUAUACUCCUCGCAGGGAUUCAGACGGCACGCCAGGCAGAGACA